CGUCCUCGCUAACUUGACCAGCUGGCUGUUGACACUGUGGGGCGCCGCGACGUUCGGGAGCCGCAAAAAUGGCUAUUCUCAUGCGCUUUUGUACUUUAAUUGUCAAUGUGCUAUGCCUGCCCCUGCAUCUGAUGGAAGCGGUCGGUCUGUAUCACAUAUACAAACGCAUCUUCCCGAUUUGUUUAUAUCGGAUUUCCAUAACGUACAACAAGAAAAUGUACGAAAGGAAGAAGGAGCUGUUUCGCAGCCUCUCACAGUUCACCAAGCCUGGUGGGCAGCUCACACUUUUGGAGAUCGGGUGCGGCACCGGCACAAAUUUCGAGUUUUAUCCGGCUGGCUGCAAGGUGAUCUGCACUGACCCCAAUCCCCAUUUCGAGAAGUACCUGAAGAAAAGCAUGGAGGAGAACGACCACCUGAAGUAUGAGCGAUUUGUGGUGGCAUCGGGGGAGGACAUGGGGUCAGUCGAGGACGAGUCGGUAGACGCUGUUGUCUGCACCCUGGUGCUCUGCUCUGUCAACAACAUACCGCAAACUCUGCGUGAGGCGUACCGCAUACUGAGACCAGGUGGGGCCUUCUUCUUUAUGGAGCACGUUGUGGCGGACCCUGCCACCUGGUCGUACUUCUUCCAGCACGUUCUCGAGCCUUUUUGGUACUACUUCGGUGACGGAUGCGAGACCACCCGGGAAACGUGGAAAUAUCUGGAGUCGGCUGGAUUCUCCGAACUCAAGAUGAAGCACAUCGAGGCGCCGCUCGUGUUUGUGAUCAAACCACACAUCGUAGGUUACGCUGUGAAAUAGAUUGGGCCUGACUGUAGCUCUGUAGUCGACUUGGCUCAUAAUCAGUGUGUGAAUAUGCCAAGCACCUAAUGCCUCCCCCUCUUCUCUGUGAUAUGACCGAUCACCAGUCAUAGAGAUAACACAGUCACUGAUACUAAUUUUAUUUUUGUAAUGAAAAGAAGAAGAAAAAAAACCCUCUGCCUGUGUGUUUAGAAAAGACAAAUUAUUUUGACACAUUGAAUAAAAAAUCCUACCUAGACAGCACACAAUACUAAUUUUGCAUGCAGUUAAAGUGUUCCUUUUUUAUUUUUUAAACAACAAUCUUGGUGUUUAUUUCAUCUUCUGUAAUCAUCCCCAGCUCCUAGUCGCUUGCUGAUAAAUAUAUCUCAACAUGAUACUACCAUAGGGAACUUCUGUGUAUCAGUGUUAAGUGCUCUUGCGGGAACUAUUUGUGCCCUUCCAUGACAGAUGUGUCACUAAAAACUAUAUACUUUUUUUUCUGGGUUCAAGCUGAUUGUAUUAGCGCUUAACGAGUUUAAUCCUUUUAGAUUUAUCAUUCCUGCCCCUUGAUUGCCAUUGACAGUUGUCAUGUCACUAAAUACGGCACAUUUUUGCUUUGAUUAGAAGUUGAUUGUAUUAGUGAUUACAUUAAUCCUGUUCGAUGAUUUUUCUUUCCUGUACUGUCUGAUGACAGUCGUGUCUCUAGGCACACAUUCUGCUGUGAUUUUGGAAGUGAUUAAAGACUUAAAUCUUG